AUGAAGUCAUGUGGAGAAACUCUCUCUGAAGAAAGUAUCAUUGAUAAGUCAGAAGAUGAAUCUGAAUCUAAAGUUGAGUCUGAUUCUGAAUAUGAGUCACAAUCAGAAGAUGAGUCAGAAUAUGAAGGUUAUGAAGAUGAGUCAAAAUCUGAAGGUUCUGAAGAAGAGUCGGAAUCUGAAGAGUCAAAAGAUGACUCUAAAGCGGAAGGAGAAGUUGCCUCUAAAGAGGAUUCUUCCUCUGAAGGUGAGUUAGAAUUAGAAAAUAAGUUUGAAGGUGACUCUAAAUAUGAAGAAGACUCUAAAGGCGAGUCUGACUCGGAAGGUGAAUCUUAUUCUAAUCUAGAUUCUGACGAUGAUCUAGAAUAUGGAGGUAAUCCAAUCUCUAGAAAUGAAGCUUCUAGAGGUGGAGCUUCUGAAGGAAGAACUUCUGAAGAUAUUGAUUCUGAUUCUAAAGAUGAGUUAGAGCCUGAAAAUGAUUAUGAGAGUGAGUCAGAAUCAGAAGGCGAGAUUGAUUCUGAGGAAGAAUUUGAUUCUGAUCCAGAUUGUGAUGGUGGUUUAGAUUUUGGUGGUAGUCCGAAUCCAGGGACCAUUCCUGAUUCUGAAGGUGGUCAUGCUUCUGAAGUCGGUACUUCUGGAGUUCCAGGAUCUACUACUGUUCUAGAAUUAGAAGGUUCUGAACAAGUUUAG